AUGUCGUUGUCGCCGAGUGCGAGCUUCCUCCUCGUCCUUUGCUUCUUUGCGACGACGAUGCUGGCGAAACCAACGAUCUACAAGAGAAAUCAGGACAACGUGUUCGAGCCAGUGAUGGUACCAGUCUCGUCCACGGUGAUCCCCCUCUCAGUUUACAAAACGGAAUAUGGCUUGGGAUUUACAUCGAAGGACAAGAAGCAAUCGUCCUUCAAGCCGGAGGAUGGAGUUAAAUUGAUAACGAGUAAGUGAAACUGUGUACAUAUCUCUAUAUACACAUACAUGUGAAACGUAAAAGUUAAAAGUUAAUCGUUUCUUACAGUUAAGAGAAGCUACGAGAAGAAAACGUAAAAGUACAAAUACAAGCUAAGUCCAGGCCUUUACUCAUAUGGCAAAGUAGUACUGACAAAGGUGAGAUGAUAUAA